ACUUACUUGCUUACUUACAUAAAUACUUUGUAAGUUCUGUUUUACCGAUAGAGUUUAGCCGAUUAUCCUAACAGUUAAGUACUUUUAUCAUAGUUGAGCACUAAGUUAUUAGGUGGCGUUAACAGUAACAUCCGAGCGGUUGGUGAAACUAGCUAGUUUAGAGUUCAGUGAUAUACACAUACUGCUGUUUGUCAGUGUUUUAAGAUGGCGGACUUGAAUGAGAAGUUGUUAGCAGAACUGCUAAAAAAACCUGGAAAUAACGUAUGUGCAGAUUGUGGGGCAAAGAAUCCAGAAUGGGCUUCGUAUAACAUAGGAAUAUUUGUGUGCACAAGAUGCGCUGGUAUACAUAGAUCUAUGGGUGCGCACAUCUCUAAGGUUAAACAUUUAAAGCUGGACAGAUGGGAGGACUCUCAAGUAAAUAGAAUCAGAGAAGUUGGUAAUGUAGCAGCUAGGUUGCAUUACGAAGAACGUGUACCUCCGUGUUAUCGUAGACCAAGCCCGGAUGCACCACAAGUAUUGGUGGAGCAAUGGAUAAGAGCAAAAUAUGAAAGGGAAGAGUUUUGUCAUCCAGAGAGGCAAAAUCAUUACGUUUCAGGGUUCAUGGAAGGAUUUUUAAUGAAACGUGGCAAAGAAGAUUCGCGUUAUCAUCCUCGUAAGUUUGUUCUUUGCGAAGCAGAAGAUACUCUAAAGUACCAUGUUAAGGAGAAUAAGGAGCCGAAAGCUGUUCUUAGAAUAUCAGAACUGAAUGUGGCUUUUGCUCCACCGAAAACUGGUAAUCAGAACAGCUUACAAAUAUCGUUUAUGAAAGAUGGUACAACAAGACAUAUCUAUGUAUAUCACGAAGAUCCAGAAGUAAUUACAAAUUGGUAUUUGGCAAUAAGAUGUGCGAAACUACAUCGUUUACAAGUUGCAUAUCCAGGAGCAACAGAAGCUGAAUUACUCUCGCAGCUUACUAGAGAUUUUCCUCGUGAAGGGUUUUUAUGGAAAACUGGACCUAGGCAUACUGAUGCUUAUAAAAAAAGAUGGUUCACGCUAGACGGACGAAAACUAAUGUAUCAUGACGAUCCUAUGGAUGCACAUCCGAAAGGUGAAAUCUUCUUGGGUCAUAGUUCAGACGGUUUUGCAGUGAAAACAGGAGUACCGCCAGGUGCAAGGGAUCAAGGAUUUUCAUUUACUCUCGAAACACCAGAUAGAACUUAUCUACUUUCUACUCAAAGUGACGAUGAUAGAACGCAAUGGAUGAAUAUUAUUCAGAAGGUGAUAGAUAAACCGCUUACUCCACAAGAUGCAACUGGUAUGGGACCGAUGGGACCCCUUGCUUCAAUUGCUGGUCCACAAAGUUUUAUGGAAUUAGCAGGAGGCCAAGGAUUUCCUCCUCUACCUCCACCGAUACCAUUACCUGGAAUGAAUGAUUCUCCUUUAGAGUUCAGUACAAACAAAAAUCAACCACCGGUAGCUAGAGAAACAUCUGAAGAUGGUAGUGACAAAAGGGGAGAAAAAAAUGAUGUUAGACGAGAUAGGGAAAAUAGAGAUAAUAGAGAUAAUCGAGAUAACAGAAGAUCUAGAAGUGAACGAAGCGAUAGAAGAGAGAGGGAUAGGGAAAGAAGAGAAGAAAGAAAUGAAAGAGAUCGAAGAGAGGAACGACGACCAGAAGAACGAAAUAGUAUGAAUUCCACAAAUAAUAAUAAUAACAAUAAUAAUAAUAAUAAUAAUGGGCAUAACAAUUGUAAUUCGAAUGGUAAUGAAAUUCCAUCGUCAUCAUCGUCAUCAAAUACAAGUAAUACUCCAAAUUUGGGCCCACAAAUGGAACAAGCAACAGGAGUUUGGGGAAUGGGAGUUGGAUAUCCGGUAAUGGGAAUGGGUCCGAUGGGGCCAAUGGGACCGAUGAUGGGUGAAAUGACGCUUGGUCCACAUAUGGGACAUACUCACAGUUACGGGCCUAUGAGUAUGGGAAUGAUGUCGCACGAUGGUAGCAUGAUCAGUGCACAGAUAUUAGGACCGGAACAAAUAAUGAACGACGCUGCCCAGAUUAUGAGUAGCGCUUUACCUCCUCCACCAACAACACCGCAAGGUACCAAAGAAAUUAUACAUUGUAAAAGUUGUACUUUGUUUCCACCAAAUCCAAACGCUCCACCUCCAACAACUAGAGAAAGGCCUCCAGGAUGCAGAACAAUUUUCGUCGGAGGUCUACCAGAAAAUAUUACAGAAACGAUAAUUCAAGAAAUAUUUGAACGGUGCGGUGAAAUAACGACUCUACGUCUUUCUAAGAAAAAUUUCUGUCAUAUACGUUUCGUACUUGAGAACAGUGUGGAUGCAGCUAUAUAUUUGUCUGGAUACCGAGUCAGAAUAGGAUCGAGCGGUGAUUCUGCAAACACUGGAAGGCUUCACGUAGACUUUGCUCAGGCUAGGGAUGAUCAAUAUGAAUGGGAAUGUAGGCAGCGUCAACUACAAAGAGAGCAGCGUCACAGAGAGAGGGUUGAAAAGGAAAGACAAAGAGCACCAUCCAGUCCACCCCCGGUAGUACAUUACACGGAUCAUGAAGCGUCAAACAUUUGUGAAAAGAUUAAACAAGAUGAUACCUUUAUGAAAGCGGUACAAGUUGUCGUGACGUGGCUCGAGCGUGGAGAUUGCACCAAACGCAAUGCUAAUACGUUUUAUUCGAUGAUACAGUCAACCAACUCUCACGUUCGACGAUUACUUACAGAAAAGGUCGCGUACGAAGAGGAGCUUCAGAAAGCUAAGGAAUUGAUGAAAGGCAGAAUGCAGGGACUUCUGAUACAAUUCAGUCAGAUUGAACGCGUCUUUACUGCGGCCAGCCACAAGAAGGUCUGGGAUCACUUCACAAAGGCUCAACGGAAGAAUAUCGAAAUGUGGAAGAAACAAUCCUCGACAACAGUAAUCAUCAACAAAGUCUUACGAGUCUCAAAGAGCUUCUUUACGCGAUUGCACGUUCAUCUAGAAUAUGCCACGCGUACGCGUUUUGCAAAAACUUUUUUUCAAAAAAAAAGGUAAGAGAUUAAAGCAGUACAAUUGGAAGAAACGUUGAUGGAAGGUGAAGGGGAGAUGGAAGUUUCGGAUUCUGAAGAGGAACCUCAACGAAAAAAAGCACGUAAUCAAUCGGAUGUGCACGAUGAUUCUGAAAGAUUGCAAGCUUUGAAAGAAGAAAACGAUAGUCUUAGAUGUCAAUUGGAAGCAUAUAAAAACGAAGUGGAUUUGCUUAAAUCUGAGACAAAAAGUGAAAUAGAUGGAAAAGAUAAACAAAUGAAGAUGCUACAACAAACUUUAAAAGGUAUGCAAGAGCAACUGAUGCAGUCAAGAAAACAACAAGCACAAGACGAUCAGAAAAUCAAGGAUCUAACUGUAAAACUAAAUGCUACCAAAAAGGAAGAACCUAGAGAGAGUGAAAUAAUAACACUGGAUAAGGAUGACGAUAUAAACGAGGAACCUCGAACUCCCAAACAAUUAGUUUCAACGUCCAACUUUGUUCAAAUUACUCAAAAGGAUGCCAAACUUAUAGGAUUAAUAGCAACAUUCUUACAUAUCCACCCGUUUGGUGCGAGUGUAGAUUAUUUAUGGUCGUACUUACAAAAAAUGGAACCAGGUAUUAAGCCAAACGAAGUAGAAGCCCUAAUGCAACGAUUUCCACAAGUUUUUAAACAAGACUUAUUUGGAAUUGGAGCAAAUAUGGAAAGGCGUUGGCAGUUUUCAGGCUUUAAUGUUUAUCGCAAUCACUAAUCGGCGUAGUAAUUAAACUAACAGAACAUCUGUUAAUGAAUUUUCAAAUAUUAUCGUGUCGUGGCAUUUAGUGUCAUAUAAAUUUUUAUUGUGAUACUUAUGAUUCUUGCGGAAAAACUUUAUUUCAUAACGUCAAUAAUUGUCGUUAUGAAUCGGAACACUUGUAAAUAAAAUCGAUAAAUUGCAAAGACUUUAAAAAAGGUGGCGUAUGUUUGUUGGUUUCAGAGAAAAACAGUUGCAUAAAAACUAUUAACUAAUUUCUAACAUUUCUUCUUCUGAAUGAAAUUUCAAUUUAUUUAUACACACGAAUGUCUUUAUAAAUCAUAAAAAUAUCAUAGAAGCAAUCACAUAUCUCAAAGAAAUCGUUAGUAUAGCAAACUUAUCCAUAAUAUGUUUUCUUUAUGUGCAUAUAUUUACAUGUUUUGUGUGAUCAAUACAGAUAAAGUGAGGUGUAAUCAAUCCUUUUUCAAAA